AUGCCAGCUCUUCGGGAUGCAAUGGUGGAACAGGCUGGUGUUGCCUUGGAACAACUAGGGGAAGCUGUUUCGACACUGACGCGACGAGUGAACAUACCAUUCAACAGCACAAGUCCUGCUGGUCUGAUCGAAGCCAACACGGUGGACCCCUUCAACAAGAGCGGAAAAUAUGCGCUGGCCUACGUAUACUUCUGCAUACCAUUACUGGUUUUUGCGGCGCUCAUGCGCUACUACCAUCUAUUCACGGACAAGAUCCGGACAGCACUACACCAAGAAGAGGUAUUGCAAUCCUCAACGACUUCCUCUCCCGACACAGACUACGAAAUGUCGGUCCUGUAUACUGACAAGUCCACCAUGAAGUUCUUUCCGCGCGAAGGCCCAUUACCUAGUGGACCAAAGACACAAUCAAGUGUCUCCUCGGUUGGACCUAUCAACAACAUGGUGGCUUUCUUUCGAUUUAUUUUUUACCGCCCGAUACGACAGAUCAACAUUCGUAAAGGAUGGAGGCCCAUUGUGUUCCCAUCCCUGAGUGUCACAGUCAUUGUGGUAGCUGCGUUGCUUGUAGGUGUUCUCUACUCAUGCUUACCACAACCUCUUUUCUGGAAAAGCAUCGCCUACGGAUCACCCCCUCUCGCUGUACGCUCGGGCAUGAUGGCAGUGGCGCUGCUACCUUGGAUCGUUGCGUUGUCUAUGAAAGCCAACUUCAUUACCAUGAUCACUGGUAUUGGACAUGAGAGGCUCAACGUGCUGCAUCGAUGGGCCGCAUACAUUUGCUUGGUACUGAGCAUCAUGCACACCGUACCCUUCUACGUCACGCCAAUCUGGGAGAAAGGAGCGCGGAAGAGCUUCGAGAGCCUCUUCAAGCAGACUGGCUUCUACGCCUAUGGUACAGGAAUCGCCGCACUUGUUCCCCUAGCCUUUCUCUGCCUACACUCAAUCGGUCCACUCCGCCACCGCAUGUAUGAGCUCUUUGUCACGCUCCAUGUACCCGUUGCGAUUGUCUUCCUUGGGAUGAUGUUCUGGCACUGCAACAACUACCUUACUUCGUGGCAUUACCUCUUCUCAACGCUGACCAUUUGGCUUCUCUCUUACUUCGUACGCUUGUUCUACCUCAAUUGGACACGCCCGGGGAGACUAUCCUGGCUCAUUGGCGACGAAGCUGCUGUCACGCUCAUGCCAGAGAAUGCAAUCAAGAUCACCAUUCCCACCCAAGUUCGUUGGAGACCCGGACAGUACAUCUACCUGCGAAUGCCAGGUAUCUCUGUGUUCGAGAACCACCCUUUUACCAUCGCAUCGCUAUGCGACGAAGACUUCCCUUCGGAAUACGGCGAGGGUUACCGGGACAUGGUCAUCGUGUUCCGCCCAUUCGGAGGCUUCACCAACAAAGUCCGCCAGGCCGCACUCGAGCAUGGCCCAUGGCACACAUACCGCGCGUUUGUUGAUGGUCCAUACGGAGGCAUGCAACGCCGCAUAGAAGCAUUCGACGAUGUCGUCCUCAUUGCCGGUGGCAGCGGCAUUACUGCUAUCAUUUCUCAGCUGCUCACGCUCAUCAAGAAAAUGCGCGACGGGAAAGCCGUGACGCGCAAAAUUCAUGUCAUCUGGGCUCUCAAGCGUCCGGAGACUAUGGAAUGGUUCAAGGAAGAGCUUCGCAUCUGUCGCGAAUUUGCGCCGCCCGAGACUGUCGAGUGCCAGUUUUAUAUCACCGCAGCCAAACGCAAUCCGGCCGGCGCGCUUGUCAGCGCGAAGACGCCAACCCGUCCAGUCUCGAUGUUCUUUCACGACAAAGUCAACGAUGCGUUUCAAAACAUUGCAGACCAUCGACUUUCUGGCAUCUCAACUCAGCGUCAUUCUGCACUCAUCCGUGACGAGGCCCAAGGUGAUCCUGAGAAAGAGAGCGCCCUGCGCCGCGAGAACGAGGACAGCAUAACAGCCCUUCCCCAGGCUCAUGUCCUUCCUGUGAACCGAGCACACCUUGCGCCACCACGCCCCAGCUUCCAAAGCCACCACUCUGAUACCUCAAAUCAGACCGACCCCGACAUGAUCGCGCCUGCUCCACGUGGGCUGGCAGCCCGCCGCUCGGAACGCAGUCUCCAGCUGGACAUAUCGCAGGCUGUAUCAUCCGGUUCGGGUGCCAUCAAUCCCAACGUCUCUGAAUCAGGGGCAGUCCAAGGCUUUGACUUUGGCUUCCCGUCUACGCCUACUGAGUUCCAGAAGAAUCUAAUGCGGUUUGCUUUCCUGCCAGCUGCCGUUAAGAAGAAGGACGGCUGGAGUACUGAGUACGGUCGUCCAGACAUACCAUACCUCCUCAAGGGCAUGAGCAAGAGCUUUGGACGACGAACGUGUGUCUUUGUUUGCGGGCCGCCGACCAUGCGCGUCAGCGUCAGCGAUACAGUCGCCGAGCUCCAACGCUCAGUGUGGAGUAAUAGCGAUCGCGAUGAGAUCUUCCUACACGCGGAAAACUACGCGUUGUAA